GACGUUGCCGAGCUGCUUCAAAACUCGUCCAACGAUUUCAUCUUUGACCUUUUCGAGUCGAGCACCGGCGCGAGCCAGAACAAGUCGACUGCUCGCAAGAAACCCACUGUCAGCUUUCAGUUCAAGGAAUCGCUGUCCUCGCUCAUGGGUACUUUGGGCAAGGCCGAGCCCUUCUUUGUUCGCUGUCUCAAGCCCAACAUGAAGAAGAUUGCGGACCACUUUGAGGACGAGGUCGUCCUCAACCAGCUUUCCUACUCUGGUAUGCUGGAGACCGUGCGCAUUCGUCGGGCCGGCUACCCCGUGCGUCGCAGCUUCGACGACUUUCUCUUCCGGUAUCGCGUGCUGUUGCAAGGGCUGAGCAAGGCCGAGGGCGCACCCGAGCAGAGCCGAGUCCUUCUGGGCACCUACGAUCAGAACAACUGGCAGAUUGGUCAUAGCAAGGUUUUCAUGCGCGAGGGUCUCGAGAAUCGUCUUGAGAAGGACCGUCAUGCACGCCUCAAGGCAACCGUUCAGAAGAUUCAAGCCUUCAUUUUCGGCUCUAUCCAACGCCGCCGCUACAUCAAGAUGCGCAAGGCCGCCGUCCGUGCGCAGAGCGUCAUUCGUAUGUACCUCAUUCGCGCGGAGCACCUUCGUCGUGUCAAGGCGGCGACUAAGAUCCAGUCAGUUUAUCGUGGCUACAAGGCACGCGAGCUUCGUGCUCAACUUGCCGAGGCAAAGCGCAUCGAGGAGGAGCGCCGUCGCGAGGAGGAGCGCCGCCGCGAGGAGGAGCGCCGUGCUGAAUUGAAGCGCCUCGAAGAAGAGGCCCUGGCUGCGGCUGCUCAAGAGGCCGCGGAGCGGGAAGAGGCUGAACGUCGUUUGGCCGAGGCCAAGCGUCGUGCCGAAGAAGACCGUCAGCGCAAAGUCGACGAGGAGCGUCAACGCCAGGAGGAUGAAGCACGACGCAUGCAAGAGGCCAUGGCUCGGGCCAAGCAGCUCGAAGCUGAGCAGAAGCAGCGCGAGGAGGAUGCCCGCCUGAAGGCCGAGGAGGCUCAACGCCUGCUCGAGGAAGCCGAGCGCAUGAAAAAG